UGUGCAGUACCCACACACGCAGUCCAACGCUCUCGAGGCAGAUGUGCAUUGAGCGAGAGAGAGAGAGAGAGGGAGUGUAGUGUAUAUAGUAGUAUAGCAGCACUAUAGCAGAGCGCGAAGCGCGCGGUAGAGCAGGGCCCGUGACUCGAGUGUCUACGCGCGGUGGCGGGGAGCAGCGAACGGCUCUGCUGCUCUCUGGCAGUUGGCUCUUGGUCGUGUGCUCGCGCGGACUGCUAUAUAGCUUCCACUCUCUACGCCACUCUAUACCCUCGUAUACGCUCUUGUUUUCUUCCAUACGCACCUCCACCGGGGAUCGCAUUGUACUCGCGCGAGUAUAGGUAUACAAGUACGAUAUAUCCGCGCUGCGCGCGCGCGCGCGAGACGCUGCUGCGAUCCGCACGUCGUCGACCUCGAUGUCGUCGCCGCCGCCGCCGCCACCGCCAGCGCGCUGGAAAAACGGCGCUGCGUAAGCCACUACUUGCUCACUGCUCUGCACAGUCGGCCCGCCUCAACACCUGGUCGCUCGUCUCAGAUGUGGAGACUACUAGACAUGAGCCACAGCGAUGUGUACUACCUGGUGAUCUUCCUGGGCUGCUUCGCCCUCGUCAUCUGGCUGAGCAACAUGCCCGGGGUCGUCGUCUACGAGUAGACCAGGCCGCAGCGCAGCUCUGAUCAAUCUUCGCGACGACAACGCGCGCGCGCGCGCGCGCCAGUAGUAACAGACAGCUCGGAGAGACGGAAUGGCUGCGCCGCCGCCUCUGGAGCAAGCCAUCAGCAGCAGCAGAGCUGGACGAAAGCGUCAGGAGCGCGACUCCAGCACCUGACACUCUUGCCUCGUCCCCCCCCUAGCCAUAACCUCCAAAGCAGCAGCAGCAGUGUGUCAAGUGCUCGUGUACUAGACCGCACGCGCGACUCGCGAGCAGCAUCGUCGGAGGAAGGUGUAGGUGUGCGUUAAUAAGGUGACAGCCAGGCGGCCAGGCCCCCCUCUCGCCCGAGGAUAGGCCCCCCCGUUUCACGAGUAUUGUAUAUCGCUCUCGCUCUGCGCGUGAGACCGCGCGCGCGCGACCAAGUAUUAUUGUGCGUGUAAUCCGUUUGUCUACAACGCGACGUCGCGCGUAUUAUCGCCGCUGGAGCAAGACCGCCGCACGGAGAAGAAGAAGAAGAAGAAGCUAAGCAGUUGCGGCGCAGAAGAAGAGGAAGAGGUAGAGGAAGAAGAAGACGAAGACGAAGGAGAAGAGAGGCGCGGGCAUGGGAAGACGGCGGCGCGCCUCAUGGACUGAGCGAGCAGUUGGCCAGCCCGAGAAAAACUCGUACAUCGGCGUACGAGCAUAGCCGAUCGAAGAGUCGUGUGCUCCUUUUUUCGCGAGCUGCGACAGUGCGUGUCUCCGCGGAAAAGUGCAGCAGCAGCAGCAGCCUCGCGAGAAAGUCAUCUCGCUCCAAAGCAGCAGUCUACGGCGCUCGCGAUAAUCAGCAGCAGUGGAAGAGAGAGGGAGAAAGAGACAGCCAGCUAUCCUUGUCUUGGCCCAAGGCGAGUUGAGGUUAGGUUGUUGUGUUGCGUGCGCGAGUCUCUCGCGAGCGGCGCGAGGGACAGAGAGAGAGAGAGAGAGAGAGAGAGAGAGAGAGAGAGAGAGAAAGAGAGACGGAUAAGUAGUCGUCGUGGGCGCUGCAGCCGCGGCGGUAGUAGUUCCUCGCUCAAGGGGCUCGAGCGGAGCGCCGCGGAGAGAGAACAAGUGGACGACGACGCUCGAUGCCGAUAGCCGCCGGUGGGAUCCUAGUCGCCGCGACGGUCAGCACUCGCGGCUGUCUCUCCUUGGCCGCUGGCAUGCUGCGCUUCCUCGCAAGACUAUCAGGGAGGCGGCGGCACGUGCGCCGCUUUAGCAGCAGCGGCGGCGGCGGCGGCGGCGGCGGCGGACCAGGUGCUGCUACCACCACCACCAGCACCACCACCACCACCACUACCACCACCGCCAGAGGCAGCGAGCAGCUUCUCGCAGCCGGCGGCGCGCAGCAGCCAAGCUCGGUAGUCAUGGACACGAAGCCGGAGCUGACGGAGGAGUACUGCUGCUCGAGGUGCAGGGCCCGGCAGGCCUGCUCCUGCGCGGCCCUCGGGCUCGACGACUACCUCGCCGCGGGAGUGACUGCCUGCUGCAGCGGGCCCACCUCCUACAGCAACGUCGCCAAGUCGCGGACGAGGCAUCAGAGGCUGCGGCCCGAGUCCUCCUACGCGUGGAUCGGAGCGACCGAGACGGCCAGGACGAGGCGGAGGAGGAGCGAGGACUGCGGCUGCGCCGACGACCGGGACGUGCUCAGGCGCAGGCCUCCGGAGCAGCGACAGCAGCAGCAGCAGCAGCAACAGCCACCCCUAGUGCAAGUGCGCAGGCAGAGCAAGCUCCUGCCGCCCUACUACCUCGCCACCCUGCUCAUACUAUCCUACAGCCUCUUCGGCAUGGCAGACGCGUGCUCGUCGCGCUCGACGCCGAAGCCGCGGCCGCCUACGCCGACACCGCGGCCCAACAUCACAUUCCACAUGUACACGUGCCCGCCGGACUACGCCGAGUGGUACUGCCUCAACGGGGCCACGUGCUUCACCGUCAAGAUCGUCGAGUCCCUGCUCUACAAUUGCCUCUGCGCCAACGGCUACAUCGGCCAGAGAUGCGAAUUCAAGGAUCUCGACGGUUCCUACCUGCCGUCCCGGCAGCGCGUCAUGCUCGAGACUGCCAGUAUCGCGGGGGCCGUCACGAUAGCAGUAUUCCUCGCCGUCAUCACCUUCAUCUCGGUUUACAUUCAUUGUAAGCGAAAGCAGAAGGAAUUACGUACGAGCAGCGGAGUCGACGCCGUGGACGGACCCGGCCGAGAUCCCGAGCUCAGGCCGUUCAGCAGUCGCAGUCGCUCCCUCAUGAUAUUCAUGGCCAAGAAUCCUAAUAGCUCGACGAUGGCGCCGUCGAUAGAGCAGACGAGGAUGCCGAACUGGAACUUUCCGGCUGAGUCGUCGACGCGGAUGGCCUCCGUCAACGAAACCAGCAACAAGCGCUCGAGUCAGUAGGCGCUGACCCGGGCGCCGAGUUCAAACCAUGAGGAACAAAGCUACUACCGUACAGAAUGGAUGAAACGAAAGGAACGAGCCGACAACGAGAGCCCAUACAACGAGAGCCGCCCAGUGUGUCGGGAGUAGCAGCAGCAGUAAAAGCAGGAACGAGAGGAACCGCAUUUAUAUACAUACCCUCCGAAGCGAAGCGCGCGAGACAUUCCGCUAAAUUCUGUGUGUUCGCGAAAGAGAGAUCCCGAGUAUGGUAAGCGACGGCCGGACAACUUCAGAAAAAGCCGAUCCGGUCAGCUCGCAAUUUUUGUCAUGGCGCGCAAGUCGGAGAGAAGGUUGUCGUAUCGAACGAGGCGUCUCGAUUGAUUCACGCUGCUUCGUUUUUCUCUGCCUGUUAUCUGCGAUGCGUUUUCGCUCCUCGUACAGCCUUGUCUCUCGCGGUCCCUCCUCGCGAGCGGCGCGAAACCUCUCCUACCCUCUCAAGUAGCGAGACGGUGUGCUCUGCCGCUGUCGAAAUUGGAACGACGUGCGAGCGAGGGAUCGGCUUGGCGCGUCGGUCUUUGUGCAUUUGUAUAUAAUCGCACACUGCUGGUUAAAAGACCGUUCUGUCGUCGCGAGAUUUGCUGACUCUUCUCACUCUUCCGAAAGUAUAUAUACACGUUAUAUAUAUGGUAAAAAGAACAAAACGAGAUUUGACCUGUAGUAAUAACAUGAUUGAUUCCGAGAUACAAUUGUUGUACUUGAGAUAUAAUAGUAUAUAUAUAUAUAUAUAUGCAAAUAUAUAUAUUGAUUACACUGUCCGAUUGCGCGACAGAAUUUUAUAUUUUUAUUGAAAGACCGGGGCCUAGUCUUUCACACGUUUACACAGAACACACGCAUAUAUAACACGGUUAUUAUAUACGAUACAGAGAAUGAAGUGUACACGCCUACGCAAUGAGAUAACACAAUGUUCAUUUUGGACUGAGAUCGUACGUGAGUUUCUUAGCGGCGAGGCAGGCCUCUUUUUUCUUUUCACUUGUACAUAGCAAGGUUAUUAUUAUUCUAAAGUAUACAAAAAUUACAAAUAUCAUAUAUAUACACACACAUAUAUAUAUGUAUUAACGAAACGAGAAAAAAAAUAUAUAUAUAUUAAAAAAGCACAUAUGAGCGAAUAAGGCUGCCACUAAAUACAUAGCUCUGGCUUAGUCGAGGGCGAAUGCGAGCUCGAGACAAGUUGGGCUGAUGAUUCAUCGAACGCGCGACACAGAUUAUUGCAUUAAAAAAUAAACGUUAAGGACAUCUAAGGACGGAGAAGAGAGAGAGAGAGAGAGAGAGAGAGAGAGAGAGAGAGAGAGAGAGAGAGAGAGAGAGAGGAGUCGACACUGUAUUACACGUAGUAUUUUGUAUAUUUGUAGAUAAUAUUGAUGCGGUAGCUCUUCCAGGCGUUCUGCUAUACGCAGCAGUGCGUUAGGUUUCGUUUUAUCUCUUCUGCUUUCUCUCUCUCUCGCUCUCGCUCAGCUUCGUUUUCUCAAUAUUUUCGAAAACACCUUUGAAAAAUCACUAGAGUGAACAGUGCUACCGGCGAACAUAAAUUGUGGGAGAGGAGGAGACAGAAAGAGAGGAUUUAUGUAUAAAGAAAAUUAAGCAUCAGCCCGAUCGUAUCGUACAAUUUAUAAAUAGUCGUUAGUAAUCGGAAGUCUAGCGUUACUCUAAUUUAAUUUAAAAAAAUAUCAACCAUAUUUCGUAUUGUACUUGGUUCCUAAUUUAUUAUACUGUCAUUAUUGAUCAAUAAUUAUUAGAUAUAUAUAUAUAUUAUUAAUAUUAUUCGAUAACGGUAACAAUGUCCUCUUCUUAGGUAAGGACGCGCUUGUAAUGUAGAAAGAAAUCACAAAAAUAAUAAUGAAGACGCGAGGCGCAUUUGAUAAAGGGGAUUGAGUGCCUUUAAAAUAUUGUAUUCAAUUUCUUAUUACGGAAUUUAUAUUUUCGCUGAAGAUUAAGAAGAUUAAAAAAUCGCAAAGAGGUACACGGUGGAGACCCGAUAUGACUAUUAAAGCGAGACUAUAACGAUUGUUGAUUCGUGUAAAUUUUUUCCUUGUACAUCACGCCCAGAAUUGUCUCACGCAGCGCCAGUGAAUGACUAUCCUCUAAAACAUUUUUUUAUUCAAAGCAUAAUACUGAUUACUGAUAUAAUGUAGCAUUUAUUUAUAACAUGUUAUAACGGUACACGAACCCCUUAAAGAAAAAUAGUUAACGAAGAAAAUGACUAACGCGAACUAAGUAAAAUAAUUAAAAGAAGAAUGCGUAUGGAUCGAGUCGGCAUGAUAGUUUAAACAGAUAAAAAUGCGUGUAUGUUAGAGAAAGAGAUUACAAGGAAGAGCCAGAGCUUGAUGUAUGUUACGUGCUGCGAGUGUAUGACGUGCAGAGCCAGCGGUGGCCUUUGUUUUUCUAAUCUAAUGCUUUCUAUUUACAUAACUUCAUCUUUAAAGUAACGCUCGAUUAAUCGGAAGAAAGGCCGAUAAUAAGAGAACUUUCAUCUGCAUAACCAUAACACGUUUAUUCAAAUAAUUAAAACAAAAACACGCAAAUUACACGAUUUAGCAUUUGAGACCGACAAAAUGAAGCAAAAGCGCGAACAAAAAAAAUUAUAAGAAAUGCUGUAAUAUGGUAUUUAGCUUGCGUGUAAUAGUUGACCAACUUAUGUAGACAGUGGUGGCAUUUUAAUACAUCAGACAGCACCGUACGUAAUAAAUAUUGUUUGCGAAGGAGAAAAGCCGUAGCGGCGAGGCGGAAGACGAACCCUUAAUAAAGUAAUAUGAAUAUUAAACAUUAAAACAAAAUACAAAUAAAAACAGUUCUUGUUAAAAAAAA